AUGGAUAGUGAUGACCAAGUUGAUGACGACGAGGUCCUUGAUGAUAUUGGAGAUGAACAGGAGCCUCUAAAUGAAGGUAAUCAUGAAAGCAGUCCAAUUAUGGCAUUCCAUCAACCUUCAUCACUAAGCUUUUCACAAAACAUGUGGGAUAAUAUGAUUGAUCCAACCCCACCAUUUGAAAAGCCCACUCAGAGUAUUUGGGACCCUACCCAAGAGUUUUAUGUGGGCUUGCUUUUUGCCGAUAAGGAUGAACUACAAGCUACUGUUAAACGCUAUCACAUCAAAAGGAACCAAACAUUUUGUGUAAGAGAGUCAAAUCUAGAAUGUUGGUCUAUAAGGUGCAAAAAUUGUUCUUGGCGUCUUCAAGCAUGCUUCCGGGCUACAUAUGGGUUGUUUGAGAAAGAGUUGAGGGAUGUUGUCAAAAAUGAUCCAAUCAUAAAGAUUGCUUCACUUCAACAGACUCUUUACAAUAAGUACCAAUACAGGCCUUCUUAUUUUAAGGUGUGGGAGGCGAAAGAGAAAGCAAUUGGUAGAGCGCUUGGUAAUUGGGACAAAUCUUACCAAUUAUUGCCAAAAUGGUUGAAAGCUUUGACUGAUUCAAAUUCGGGUAGUAGGGUUAUUUGGAGAACAAUACUUGCUACUAUGCCAGGUUGUGCGAUAUUCGAGAGAGUGUUCUGGGCUUUUGGUCCAUCAAUUGAAGGUUUUCAACAUUGUAGGCUAGUGAUUAGUAUAGAUGGAACUUUCCUAUAUGGUAAGUACAAAGGUACGUUACUGAUUGCAUCAACGUGGGAUGGUGACAACAAACUUUUUCCGCUUGCCUUUGCCAUUAUGGAGAAGGAAACUAAUGAUAGCUGGUAUUGGUUUUUGCGUUGUAUUCAGAUUAAUGUCACUAAUCGGAAAGGGUUAUGUGUCAUAUCUGAUCAUCAUCUUGGUAUAAUGGCAGCAAUACAGACUAUAUGUCAAUCGACACGUUGGUAUCAUCGUUUUUGCCUUCACCAUAUGGCUAGCAAUUUCAAUCAACAAAUUGGGAAUACAAACUUGAAGGCUAUGGUAAUGUGGGUAGGCAUGGAGAAUCAGUUACGAAAGUUUCAAAUCACCAGGGAUAGAAUUACUCAAUUAAGUGCAUAUGGUGAGAAGUAUUUAAGGGAAAGGCCGGUGGAAAAGUGGACGUUAGCAUACGAUGGUGGACAUCGUUAUGGGGCAAUCACCACAAACUUGUCUGAAAGCUUCAACGAAAUUCUAAAGAGUGCUAGAAAUCUGCCCAUAACUGCGUUAGUUGAACUUACAUACAACCAUUGUGUCGCCUACUUUGCCGAUUGA